AUGAAUGAGUGGGCAAUGAAUGAGUUGAUGGCAUCAAUCGAGGUGACUCGCCUCGUAUAUUCUCCUUCACUCAUUUCAUUCACUACAAAUGGCACGCAAACAGACACGGAAAUAAAGUGUAUUAAAUUGGUAGUAAUCCUCAUGUUAUUAUGGAUUCUACUAACUUCAGUACAUCUAAUGAAGAAAUUAAAGAAGCGUUUUAAUGCUGUAUUCCGUGGUAAUGAUUUGUCGUCAGCAUCGCCAGACAGUACAUAUGCAACUGGAAGUAUAAAAAUAAUUUACAGAGAAGACUGUAUUGCAGUCACAAACAUAAAAAAAUCACAUCAAAAAUUUAGAAAUUGGACAUUAUCUGAUUCGAUGAGUGAGUUGGCAGAACGUUUAGCAGCAGAUGGAGUAAUUAUUGAAGAAUGUGAUAUUCCUCCAGGCUUUAUGCCUAAAGCGGGAUUUCCAAUUUUGUGUAUGAAUUCAAAACGCCUACCUGCAUCAAUAUCACGACAAUUCCACUCAGAUUAUUCGAGAAAUUUGAAAGCAUAUUCUCCUACUCAACACCAAUAUUCAUCAUUUCCCAGGCAAUCUUGUAAGUAUGAAUAA